AUGAGACAACCAAAUACUCUCCGCAAAAUGAGCUUGAUUGUUGCUGUGGACUCAAAAUAUGGUAUCGGGAAAAACAAUGCAUUACCAUGGAUGCUACGGAAAGACAUGAAGUUUUUUGUCGAAAACACAUCGAAAACGGUGGAUCCAGCAAAGGUAAACGCCGUCAUUAUGGGUCGCAAAUGUUGGGAAAGCAUCCCUAAGAAAUUCCGCCCUUUGAAAGACCGUCUAAAUGUCGUGAUCACGCGAACCCUCCCGGAGUACAGAGAUGAUAACCUCAUUAUUAGUAACAACUUUGAUGACAUUGUGAAGGAAUUAAUCGCUGGUCCACUGGCAGAGAAAGUCGAGAAGAUCUGGAAUAUUGGAGGCGGAGAAAUUUAUAAAAUGGCUCUAGAGAAGGACUACGUCAAUGAAAUAUUGAUCACUAAAAUACAAAAAGACUUUGAAGCCGAUAUAUUCUUGACUGGAGUCGAGUGGGAUCGCUUCCAGGAGGUCGAGUCUGCGCGUUCUGAACUAAUGACUGAAAAUGGACUUGAUUUUUCUUUCCAUCGUUAUUGUUAUGUUGAACAAUAUGCUCGUCGGGACUCUUCUACACAGAAAGAGUCGAGUACUGUGACCACCAUACCUGAACCUACACCUGUCGACGAUCGAGCGGCAUCUGUUAACGGAAUUGCCAGCGGUGAUGAUGCUCAGCCUCCAAUGAAUGGAUGCGUUGCACGCAGUUCUGUCAUGAACGGAAGCUUAGCUGCUAGCUCACAAACUGAGAGUAGUGAUGUGGAGUCGCUCUCAUCAGAUUCGUCCAGACGCAAUACGAUGUCAUCCUCUGGUGGAGAUCGAGAUGCUGCUCACAGCCGGUGUAAAAAUAAUAAGGCAGUCGAAAGAGAACUAGCCCGUGAUAUGUCACAGUCGUACUCGCUCACUUCUCAAGUAGACUAUUGCAGCGAUGAGUGUGCUGUACGCACACCAGAGGACACUUAUCCUUGUUGUUCCUCAUCCGAAGCAGUGGGAGGUGCCGCAUCUGAGGGCUACACCUCUGUAAGCGGUGCUGCAUCACAAACGGAGUCCUCCAGCGGUAACGGCGACGGGUUACUUAAUGUGCUUUCUCUGAUGAAUUGUUCUUCUACUCAGAUGUCAUCGUGGGAUCGCGUGGAUACGAUAUGUGAAUUGGUUUCGUUUCUGAACGUGUAUGAGCUCCGUUUAUUGGGCGCGUGCGUUGAGGGAGCAGCUCGACCAGCGUCAUCGACACCUACGAUGCGACAACACGAAACUCGAUCAAACUGCCCUCAGUUCAUCAGUACGAUGGCAACAGAAAUGAGUCAAGUUCCGUAUGCACUGAAAGUGGAGGCCGCAUACAAUGUUGUCUGCCUGCUAAAUUCGGCAAAUCGUCAGGGAGCUCACGCUCUUAUUCGUUUGGUGGAUCAUCUGAUGACGAUACGAGAAAUGGAAUUGGAGCUGUUGUCAAGUGAUGAAGCUCGCAAGGAUGUGUUAAUCAAUCUUGGAAAACUUGUAUCCGCAUCAAUUCAUCACCCAGCCUUUUCUGUUGAUCAGCGAAUUCGUAUGGUUCACGCUCGUGAUGAAAUAAGAAGAAAAUUGGAGCAAAUCGCAUCUCGAUUGAAUCCGCCUGUAAUUCCUUCUUCCACAUCCAACGACCAGAAGUCCACAUCAACAGUCUGUAGAGUAUCGCCUUUGAGUGGUGGAUUCGCCUUCGUUCGCCGAUUUCAUGCCACUCAGCCUGAUCCUAAUGAUCCAGAUAAUUUUCUCGUUGAAAUGAUUUGGAGCGAUGGCGAGCGUACGUUUGUUGGUCGUACUCGGAACGAUAUUAACACGUUGCAUCAUCGUCUUCUGGAUAUGUUCGGUGAAGAACGUCGAGAAAUGAAGCAGACCCAAGAUGCAGAGACAGAUCGGCCGGAAUCUGCGUCAUCUUCGCGAACCCCUUCUCCCACAGCAACUGAUUCUAAUGCCACCCCUACACCCGCUUUAGGACCAUCGGCAUUGCGGAUAUUACCGUACUUCUCAAUGGAUUGCUCACCUGCUGCUGUUAUACAGUACAUCAAUGCUUUGUCGGACCUGCCAGCACGAAUGAUGCUUAGCUCAGUUAUUUAUGAGCAGUUCUUCGCUUCACGGCUAAGCUCCGAGGAACUUGAGGUAGCAGAGCGUCCUAUGCGAACGGCUUCACCUCCACUGCAGCGAUACGCUUAUCCAGCGUCUGCUCCACCAACAUUCCCCGUCGCGUCGGCGGCAUUGUCGUACAGUUCUCGUGGAAUGGGGAUUCAGGUGCAAUUCCCAUCAUGCAGUAACUGUGCUGGUCCGCAUGCCUUCGUCCAGUGCACCAAAGAAACUCCAUUGCAAAAAGAUGGUGUGUUCCGGUUGGAUUUUGGCGGCGGAGUUCAUGACAGUACAUGCCCAAAUUGUUCUGCUGUGGCAAUGGCAGCAACAGCGAUUGGUCCGCGUCCGACUGGCGUCGAGCAUUUUCCAAAUCUGCCACCAGGUUUGAUGCCACCUCCGGCGAUGAUGCCGUUAGUGCCAGGAAUGCCGAUACUGACGCGGCAUUUCUCACCGUAUGUCUUUCGUCAGACACCUCCCCCAACAUCUCAGCCUCAUCCACACUUAUGA